AUGGCGACCCAAGGUACCCCGAGCAUCCUAUUCACCAACACACAGCCCCAGCAAGGCUUCCGACUCCUAGAAAUCCCGCCCGAGCUAGAGGAACUGUUCACAUCCAAAGACGCACCCGCACUCGAACUGAAGUCCCCCUCCGCAGCUCUUGCCCAUGCCGUUGCCGACGCCAGCGGCCAGGAAUAUGUCAACCUAUGCACGCCGACCCAAACAUACCGCAUCCGCCAAGUCAUGUCUUCAAACUCGCUGCACAUCCUCCGCCCCAGUCUGGGCCAGAUCUCAAAAGCCGAUAUUAAAGUCGUCGAAGAUGAAGCUGGGGAAACUGGCACGUUGAAUCUGCCCGACGAGGCGGUUACAGCUAUUGCAAAGUGCGGGUCGACACUGGAACUACAUAUCCCGCCGGGGGGGUUCUCGGCUGUUCCUUUUUUGGAGAAGAGUUUGGCGCUGUAUGAUCGGCGGGUUGGGGAUGAUGAUGAUGGAGAUGUCGCUAUGGAUGAGUCUGGAGAGAUUGGGCUUGUUGAGAUCCGCAAUUUGAGAGAUCAGGUUUGCGCUGAUAUUCCCGUGUCUGCUGUUCAGUGUGAGACGGGGUGGAUGGAGAUUUGUGCUUUUGUUGAUGAGAGGCAGAAGGUUUGUUGGAGACCUUCGGCAAGGAUGCGGGUGAAUGUUUGGAAGCGGAUGAUGGAGGGUGCGCUCCUGCAGGGGAUUGACCUGGAGAAACAAUUCCUUGUUGGGGAUCUGUGGAAGUCUGUGCUUGAUGAUGGAGAUGACUCGGAGCCACCGUUUCCUCGAGGGUUGCUUGAGGCCGUAGUGCGGAGGUUAUGCGUCCCGGACGAGAGGCCAGCGUUGGCAGAUGAGAUCAAAUGGGCAAGCUUUGACAAGGCCGAGGUUACAAAAUGGGUAGGCGAGACGUAUCUCGCUGCUACUGCUCCCACGGUGUCAUCUGCUAUUGGACGCAGUGAGUUCUUACGAGCGUGGAAGGACUGUCUUCCCGAAUCAUGGAGAGAUGAAGUUGCCCUACCCAAGCUGCCACAGGGAGCUUACAAGAGUCCCGAUCCUACAACCGUCUUUUAUGUUGAACCAUCACAACGACAACAAGUCAGCAAAGCCUCAACUGCUUCGUCUGCGACCGCCGCCAAAGCCAAGACUACAAGGAACUGGCACGAAUUGCUCAAAACUCAAACGCGCCGCUGA